AAGUGGUUAUGGAAAACAGAAGAAAAAGCUAACCGAUAAACAGGCUGAAUCCGCAAACUGCGUUGAUGACUGGCAAACUGAGAAUUUGUGACGGGUAAUAUAUUAUAGCGUUAACUUUUCGACUGACUGUUUGUAGUUUUAUAUGACAUAGCUAAACACGAUUAGCUACUUUUAGAGGCGAGAAGAAAGGCAUACAAUGCCGUGGGAGUGCUUUUUCUCAUCUUCGCCUCUCCUUGCUCGUCUUCCUCAUUUAACGACUGCGUGAGGACGGACUCAAAACAAGAAACUGCUGUAUCGACAAAUGUCAACUGUAGCUAGCAAGCUAGCUAGCUGUAACCUGAACAAGUGUUAAUUUACAAUGGCGGAUAGCGUAGGAGAGGUUGCUAAUGGUGAAAUUGGGUUAGGUGUUGGUAGUCAGGGAAAUGGAGCUCCGUUGUUACCUAGUUUGGGUAAUUCUCUGCCGGGCCACUCGACGAGUGGAGCUAACCUGGCCUCACCACCUCCUGCAGCGGCCGCAGAGACUGGCCUAGCUGUCAUGUCCCCUGGAGCCACAACCACCUCAACCGUGGUGACUGGGAGCGGGUUUGGAGGUGCAGGUGUUCUUAGCGCUGUAGUGGGCUCUGCCAUUCCAAUACCCCUCUACUCGGCCACCAAUGCUCUGCCAGGCGGUAUCGGUUUGGGGGUGGCCGGAGCAGGCCUCUUGUCCCAAAUUCAUGCAACGUCCUGGGACCCAACACUAAGUACCGACUGGGACAACGAGAAGACGUCCCAGCAAUGCAUUCUCCGAAUCAAAAGGGAUAUAAUGUCCAUCUAUAAGGAGCCUCCCCCGGGUAUGUUUGUGGUUCCUGACCCUCAUGACAUGACUAAGAUCCAUGCCCUCAUCACAGGACCCUUCGACACGCCCUACGAGGGAGGCUUCUUUCUUUUCCUGUUCCGCUGCCCCCCGGACUACCCCAUCCACCCCCCACGGGUCAAGCUCAUCACCACCGGCCAAAACACUGUGCGCUUCAACCCCAACUUUUACCGUAACGGCAAAGUAUGCCUCAGCAUCCUCGGGACUUGGACAGGGCCAGCAUGGAGCCCAGCCCAAAGCAUCUCCUCCGUUCUGAUCUCCAUCCAGUCUCUGAUGACUGAGAACCCCUACCACAACGAGCCAGGCUUUGAACAGGAGAGACACCCGGGAGACAGCAAGAACUACAAUGAGUGCAUCCGCCAUGAGACCAUGCGCGUGGCUGUAUGUGACAUGCUGGAUGGGAAGGUGCCCUGUCCAGAAGCCCUGUGGAGUGUGAUGGAGAAAUCAUUCCUGGAGUACUAUGACUUCUACGAGGGAGUCUGCAAAGAGAGACUUCACCAGCAGGGACAGAACAUGCAGGACCCUUUUGGGGAGAAGAGGGGUCGCUUCGACUACCAGGGCCUACUGGCACGCCUGAGCACCACCCAGAGGCGCAUUCGGGAGAAGUGCCCACCGGAGGACAACGAUGACCACUCAGACUCUGACACCAGCUCCUCAGGCACGGACCCAGAUAGCCAGGGCAGCUCCCAGCCUUAGUCACAAGAUGGCGCCACACUACCUUUCUUUUUCAGUCUCCCCCUUUCUGUUUUUGCAAGAUGGUUUUGGCUCAAGUGGGAUGUUGAGGGGAAAGGCCUGAUUUCAGGAAGCACUUAUGAUACAAAGGCAGGAGAUAGCUUAAUGUCUGUUUUGAUUGGUCCCCCCCCCCCCCCCCCAAUGACUGCCUUUUAAUUUGUUUCCCCCAGCUAUUGUAAGUUAACAAUGCCAGUCUACACAUAGAUGGUGUUGGGAGUUUGGCUUGUAGAAAUGGACACUGUUUUUUUUUAAAGCAAUUUGUCAUAGAUUCUGCCUUUUUGUCUUUGUUUUCCCAUGCCCGAUUGGAUUAGGAAGGAGCGGUGAAAUCUGAGAUUGACCAUUCUCAAUAUUCAGUCUGUACAACCACAUCAGUCGUCUUAAUCAAAUCACCAAACUUCUAUUCAUUCAUACAUUGGUACACACACCUCAGACUAUCCAUUUCUAAAGUCCCAUUGUCUCAUGUUCUUUCCUUAAUCUGAACAGUACUUAAUAAAAUAAUGAACCAAGUCAUAAUUACAUUAUGAAUUCAUAAUGAAUUGCAUUAGUAAAAAUAAAAAACACCUCCAGUAAUGCCUAGUACAAAAUAUGUACAGUUGCGGGCACAUAUAUUGGCACCUUUGCACUUUACAGUGGAAAAGAUUGUAAUAUUUAUUAUUUUCAAAACUGGUUGGAUAGCUAUUUUUCCCUGUAGGCACUUGCAACUUAUGACAAGUGAGGAAAAAUUACACCAUCUCUUGCCUCUAACCACAUUUUUUUGAAUUUUCAAUAAUGCAGUCAGGCCAUAUUUUGACUUUUUUAUUUUAUUUUUUAUCAAAAUUUCAGUUUCAUAACAUUUCUCGGUCCUUUGCAGAUACAAUUAUACAAUUAUGUGUGAAGUUUUUUUUUCUCUACUUAUUUGAAGAAAUAGUGAAUCGUUCGAGGGUGCCAAUAUAUCUAAUGUAUACAGCGAGAGAGUUUAUUGUGGUCUAUGUGGGGAGUUUCUUAAAAUAAUUUUCCAUUGACUGACUGCUAAAGCCUGCAUGGAAAGUUAUUUUUUUUUAAAUUUUUCUCUGCAUGAAAACAAAUCUCAAUGUUUGUUCAUGAUUAUCAUUGCGCUCUAUGUAGUGUUGUGGAUUUCACCUUCAAGAGAUAAGCUUAAGCUAAAUGGUGGAGUCUAUGGACAUUAGGUUUGGGGUCACUACAAAACGUUUAGAAAGAUGGAUUUGUCAUUUGACCUGUCCCAUUUAACCAAUGCCACAUUUUCCAUUGCAUUUUUCAUUGAAGGCAGUGGACUGGUGCCUCUUCAGCUCUAUAUAGCGGAGUCAGCCGGUACCAAACAGGCACAGACCUGUUUGUUAGAUCUCCACGGUGUCACCGUUUCAGUCAUCUGAAAGCCACCACCAGGAUUUUCAAACGAGCCACGGGAAAUGUUUUAUGAUGGUAACAUAAAUACCAGAGACACCUGCUUCGAUGCCGUGACAACUUUCAUUCAUUGAGAGUUUCUGUAGAUUGGUUUGUAGAAUGAUUUUAUGUUGGUUUGGCUGUUUUUAAGCACUAAAUGUUCUACAUUGGCUUACAUAUAUGGUGUCUGAAGUGCGUUCCACAGGUUGAAACAGUCUUAAGAUACAAGUUCAAUAUAAACCUAACCUGGCAGUAACACUGACAACACAAACUUGAAAUGGACUUAAAGUGAUCGAGGAUUUUUUUUUUUUUAAGUAUGAGAAACCGUAUGACCCGUUCUAAACAGUGGUCUUGUCUGCUGUAAGGGGUCAAUCUUAUUUUUUCAUAUUGAUGUAAAGUUCUUAUUCUCGCUUUGAAAGACGUUAAGCCUUAUCGAUACUUCUUCCCGAGCCACAAUUGUUUUCAGUCUCUGAAUUGUCCCCCUUCAAAGUGUCACGAAACAUUGCCUAUCAGCCUGGGCAGCUCACCAAUAACCUCUAGUGAGGCCUCAGCGGCUGUUCAGCGGAUAGGGGGCUAAACACCUCUACCGUGUCACUUGGUUUGUAGUCCUGUCUAGCAAGAUGCAACAAAUAAUUAUACUGUCUUCAGUCUUUAUUGCAUUUUGGAACUACCCACUCAGGAUACAACAAAACCUCUUGCUUUAAUUGCCUGUCUGGACCACAAUCUACUGUCUAAUUAAGGAGGCCAGCUCCAAUGCAGAGUGGCACCCAAACAGGACUCGACCACACCCUUCUUUUCCUUCUCAUGGACAUGUUUUUCUAUUCCCUCCCAUCUGGGUGCAUUUCUGCUCACUUCUCUCAGUCGACAGGGACUGGGACUUCCUCUCACAGGAAAAAAUGUUGGAUUUAAUAGAUCUAAUGUUUGAGAGUACUUGUAACUUUGUUUGCAAAGUUUGAAAAAAAAAAAGGUUAAAAUGUAUGACUCUACUGCAAAUGAAAAUAUUAAAGCAAAGAUACUACUGGCCAGCUCCACUGCAAAGGAUUAGGUGUGAGAUGCUCAAUGUAGCGACCAGUCAGUUUGAAGCCUUGUUAUGGUUUGGUGUGUAUAUUCCUGUAUCAUUCUGAUGUGACCCGUCUAGUGUGUCCCUUGUCUGAUGGUUUAUUUUGGGUUUGUGUCCCCAACCCAGAGAUUCAAACUGAAUCGCUUUUAUUAAGGCAUCUUCAAUCCAUAAUGAUAUGGAUUUCCAUGUAGAUGUUUUCAGGAAGUGACUUAUGUAAAGUGUAAACUUCUAGAAUAAAUGUUGGCCAUGACAUAGUAAAAGUAUAUAAUAAUUACAAAUGGGGAUACCUUAUCUGUCAGCCAUCUCAAUGAGAUAAGUAACAUUUGUAUUGAGUCCCAUUGCGUUAGAUGUCUCAUAGUAUGUCCGACCUUCAAUCUAUGUAAUUUCUUAUGAGAUGAGUGUGACACUAUAAUACUGCACCUUUUCCCCAAGAUUGAAUUUAGGACUUGGGAUGGUGUAGAGUAGACCACAUUGCUUCUUAGAUGGCUACCAGCAAUGUACAGGGCUGCUAAACCUAGCUGCCACAGAGCUGCUGCUCUACGACAGGGUUUCCCCGAACUCUGUCUCGCCCCCACACCCCCUUGUGGUGCACAUUUUGGUUUUUGCCCCAGCACUACACAGCUGAUUCAAAUAACCAACUCAUCAUCAAGCUUUGAUUAUUUGAAUCAGCUGUGUAUUGCUAUGGCAAAAAACUAAACGUGCACCCAGGGGGUGGCCCCCAGGACGGAGUCUGGGAAAUCCUGCUCUACUGUACAUUCCCACAGGGGCGUUCAACACUCUAAUGGCCAUUCAUUCUGUCUCAGUCAAUGGUAAGUGAAUGGUUUACAUUUUUGAGUUGACAAUAUGUGGGACCCAUUUUAGGCCUUGACUCAACGUUCCAGGCCAAGGCAUUAGUCCCAAAACUUUGACUGCCACGUUUAUGCAAGAAUAUUUUCAUCUGAUUUAAUUUCUGUUUUCAUUAUAUUGUAUAUGUAAAAAAAAAAUACUAAUAAAAUCUACAAAUGGCUA